UGCCAUGGGUGUCUAUUGUUUCUGUGGAAGUGGAGAGAAUAAAUCCUUUAAUCAAGGUGGUAGCGCAUCAUUAGAGCCGGCAGAGUUAUGUACAGAAUUCUCACCCAAGGAGCCUGAAAUGCAACAAGAUUAUGAAGAUUUGAUAUAUCUGCUGGGAGGCGAAACACGGUGGCUACAUAUCAAAAGCCAGGAUUAGUUGCCUUUUCAUUUCAUCUCCUCUGGCCUGGCCUCGACCAUGAGGCUAGAGCGCGGGCGGCGGGCUUCUCUGGCACUCACCCUCAACUUUGUGGCGUUUGCUUUUGCCUUAUCAGCGGUGACCACCAGCUACUGGUGUGAGGGGACCAGGAAGGUGCCCAAACCCUUCUGCACAGGACCACCGAUGAAGGCGAAGCAGUGGUUCUGCAUCCGCUUCAACAGCUCCAACAUCAACGACAGCCGGUUGGUCCAGUACAUCUUUGAGACCGGAGAGGAGAAGUUCCUUUUGAGGAAGUUCCACACAGGCAUAUUUUUCUCCUGUGAGCAGGCCGCCGACAUGAACGGGUUUGACUGUCGGGACUUCUCAGAGAUAGCACCAGAACAUGAGAGAGGGGUCCUGUGGUUGUGUAUAGUGGCUGAGAGUCUGUACCUCACCCUGCUCUUCACAGGCGGGGCUCUGAUGACCCUGGAGCAGUGUCCCUGCUUUAGUAUCAUGAACAAACUGAAGCUCAGUGCCUUCGCCGCCUUGUGCACUGCCCUGUCAGGCCUUUGUGGGAUGGUGGCCCACAUGAUGUUUACCACCAUAUUCCAGCUGGCUGUCGCUAUGGGGCCAGAAGACUGGAGGCCCAAGACCUGGGACUACAGCUGGUCUUAUGUCUUAGCGUGGGGCUCCUUUGGCACCUGCAUGGCGUCUGCAGUGACAGCGCUCAACAGGUACACAAAGACCAUCAUAGAGUUUAAAUACAAGCGGCGGAACAUCGAGAAGAGCCUGAUGAUCAAGCAGAAGAUGAUAGAACUGGACCUCCCCGAGCAGAUGUGGGACACGUACCUGACCGCGGUGCCCUCUGACGCCGAGGCACAGCUAGAACUGCCGGUCAACGGCCACAAACCGUCCACAGGAACAACGUAUGUGGUCGAAAUGGACAAUGUACCAGAACAACAAGGAGAGGCAUAUUGUUAAAAAUGGGGUUGCUAUCCCCGUCCCCGUACCCCACUGGAACAGUUUCUGGGGCUGAUUUCCUGGACCUAGAUUGACUCUUGUUCCUGGAUUUAAAUUUCUAAUACAGGAGAAUAUUUUUAUUUUUUUUUUGUUCCUCGCCACACAUCAAAUGUGUGUCUGGGAAGCCAGAGGCCAGAAAUACUGCAACAUGGUCGGCUUUGACACGACAAGCAUUUAAUCAAAUCUUUCAAUGCUUUAUUAUUUGUGGGAUGUAGGGAAGAGGGCUGCAAUUUCAACGUCUUCACACUAAUCUGUGACAAGCUGCAGGAUGUGCAGGCUGCUGCUGCAGCACAGAUCCUUUAUGUCUGUUUCAAUUUAGGAGGUGUUUUGCUGAAUUGGCCUUUUUUUAACUGAAGUUGCAUCAAAAUUUUACUCAUCUGUUCUCUCUCUGGGACGAGGCUUGGUCACCUGCUCAGUAAAACGGACAAUGGCCGGGAUCGGGGCAGAAAAUGAUCUCAGUGAGAACAUUAAACCAUCAUGGAUGGAUUACUGAAUGGGCACAGGCCCAGGGGUCCAGGGGGUCAAGGGACUGUUAACAGUCAAUCAAAGGACUACGAAUAGACACAAAAUAACUAAAAAGAGACGCAAAACGACCACAAAGACACACAAAACAACCACAAAUCCACAAAAUGACCACAAAGACGCACAAAACGACUACAAAGACACACAAAACGACCACAAAGUCGUACAAAAUGACCACAAACGAUGCAGCUGUUUUGUGUCUCUUUCAGUCUGGGGGUCUUGCUCCUAUAUGUAGGAGGUCUUUUUACAGGCCCAUUGUCUCAUAAUCCGUUCACGUAUACCAUAACACAUCUGAGGAAAGAUUAUGGUUGUCAACAAAAAGUACAUCAUACAUAUAUGUGUCUGCAGCCAACACUGAGUAUUAUAAUCAUGACUGUUAUUCAGGAACAGAUGGGAUGAGCCGAUUUCUCCCAGCUGUGUCUGUGCUCGGUUCAUCAUACAGCUCAUAUGGAGCUGAAAGGAUCAGCCGGCGCUUGUUGUUAUAUUGACGGUCGCUACUUGGCAGGCAAAUUUACAGCAUGUGCAUAUGCACGGACGUCUGCAAAUAUGCUUCAGAAAAGGUGUUAAUAAAGCUUCACACUUUUGAUGGUGCAGAAUGAUGUGUUAACAAAAUGCUCACAUGUAUUUGAUUUUUGGAAGCAGCACUGCCCAUGUUCGGGCUCCUCUCAUGCGCCAUUUGGAUUAAUUUCACCAUUUUUACCCAUGUAUAAAUUCUGUCACUGAUUAUUAAAAAAAAAUCUUUGUAUCCAAUUUCAAAUCAGCAUUUUGCUUUUUAGUCUUCUCACUUAUGAUUUGUCUGGGGCUGAUGCUUUUUGAUGGGUUCUUAUUGGUGUACUGGAUGUUGAACAGUUUCUAACUUGAGAUAUAAAUCAAACAUUAGAUCAAAAUAGGAGUGAAGGGAAAUGUCUGUAAUGGAGUGAGACUGACAUCUGUUGGAACAAAAGUAUAUGACACACAGACUGUGAUGAACUGAGCAGGAUACCUUUGUGUUUCUAGCACAACAAAUUAAUUUCUGUGUCAUUUGAUCAUUGAGUAUACCUGUCAUUGAAGAUGUAAUGAAGAUGCAAAAUAAAGUACGCUUGUGCUGUUAACUGAUCCUCAAAACAAAACUCUACCAAAUACAAUUAAAACCCUGAUUAUUGUUCGGCUCAAUAAAGUCACUCCUCCUCCUGUAGUUGCUGAUCUCUUACGUUUGUUCUUCCUGAAGGCACCGCCCGACUCUCUCCCCUGCAGACGACCUGACGCUGUGUUUUGGUUGAACACGGGAGUUAUUUCUGCUGCUGCGGUGGCAGAAGUAAUCUCAUUAGGUGGCGAGAAUCCAAGAUAUACUGUGCUCGCCUAACAUGCGCUGAUUUCAGCUCUCGGGGAGGUAGCAGCUAAAGGAAAAUUACAGUUUAUUAUGAAAUGAGUGUUAUUUUAGCAGUUUUUUGCCUGACAUCUUGACACAAGCUUUACAACAGAGUGCACAGGGAAACUACACGAGUGGUCCUUCACUGUUUAAUCAUGUUAUUAUAUUUCUAUUAAUAUAAUAUAAGUGAACAUUUAUCACCCAAACUGCCUGUUCAAAAUACCCAUUCAAUCUUGCAGAGCUACCUCCUGGUUCCAACUUAAUCUAUCAUACAUGCAUUUUUAGCCACACUGGCAGCAUGGCUCUGGGGUCGGUCCGCCACUUUGGUCCAGACUGAAACAUCACAACUAUUGGAUGGAUUGUCGUGAAAUGUGUGGCGCUCAGGGGAUGAAUCCUACUGACUUUGGUGAUCCUCUGACUUUUCAUGUAGCGCCACCAUCAGGUCAAAAAUUUGGUUUAUAAACAAAUUCCUGCAAAACUAAUAAGAUUCCCAUCAUUCCUCAGCUGUGCUUUGUGUUUAGUGCUAAUUAGCCAAUAUUAGUAUGCUAACACACUAAGAUGGUGACUGUGAACUUGGUAAACAUUUUACCUGCUCUGCCAGCUGGAGAGUCCAGGAAACAUGGGGAGAACCCGGCGCUUUGAUGCCACCAGACCUUUCGCUCCUGCUGGGGUUCGAGAGGCUUGCAUGAUUUGUGAUGACAAAGUGACAGUUUGUUUACCACUAGAGCAGCAUGUUGGACAUCCUGCAGAAACAAAUGGCAGGUACCUGCUAACCCCCAGAGAGCUGUACUAUCAUGUUUCUAGUUCUUCAGAUACAAGUCUUCCACCUCCAGAAAAUCCCUGAGGAUUCUUCUUUUAGGGCAGUGAUUCGAUUCUCAACCAGGAGCACUUCCACGGGCCGCGAGUGGACGACGGGCUUCCUUACGAGAUCUCCCCCGGCACCGGAGCGUCAGCCCCGGUUCUCUCUGCUUACCAGCCCCGCUGCCCGGAGUGACGGUAAAGCGCUGGUUGUGUCGGUCAUGUUCCACCAA